AUGCUGCUCAAGUCUGUUUUGCUGCAUUUUACUGAUGUGAAAAAUGAUAUGAAAAUAGCUCGUGAAGAGACUUUUGGUCCAGUUAUGUCAAUAUUGAAGUUUGAUUCAUAUGAUGAAGUAAUCAAACGUGCAAAUGAUACACCUUAUGGUCUAGCUGCUGGUGUUAUAACAAAAGAUUUAUCACGCGCUUUACAACUAGUUGAACAAUUGCAAGCUGGUUCAGUAUGGGUGAAUCAAUAUAGUGCUUUGCAGUUUCAAGCUCCAUUCGGUGGUUUCAAACAAUCUGGUCAUGGACGUGAAUUAGGACGAUAUGGUCUUGAAGAAUACUAUGAAAUGUCGGCAAGUGAUUCAAAAGCUUCUAGCGUUGAAAUCAAAUAUACACAAAUUUUUAUUAAUAAUGAAUGGCAUAAAGCAGCAAAUGGUAAAACAUUUCCUGUUUUCAAUCCAUGUACAGGAGAAGAAAUUUGUCAAGUAGAAGAAGGCACAAAAGUAAGAGUAUACUUACACAUAUUUCUUUUAAUUUAUGAUCAUGAUUGAUUUUUUUGUCAUAGGCUG